UCCGCAGCCACAGAGCUGCUCCUCACCGGGCACCGAGGCCUCAGCCCAGCGCUCACCCCGGGGCUCUACAGCCCCACAUUCGGCCCCGAGGAACCACCCCGCUGACAAAAUCCACGGCUUCUUGCGUGAGAUCCGCAGAAGCAAAAGCCGAGCAGGCGAGGAGUGGCUGCCCGAGAUGAGCAGGAGCGCAAACCCGCCGUGUCAGAGGCAGCGCUGCCCAACUUCCCCAUCCCGGGGCUGACGGUGCGAGCGAGGCUACUUCCUGCCGGCUCUGUGACAGGGGCAGGGCGAGCCACAAGAACGGGCACAGGGAGCCGGAGAGGCCGAGCUGUGCCACAGGGAAGGACAGGGACAGGGGACAGAUCCACAGGGGCAUCCCACGUCCCGCUCCCACCGCGCCAUGUCCCUGGUGGAGACGAUCCGGCUGUGGCAAGAAGGCGUGUGUGCCGCGGACAGGAAGGAGUGGAGCGCUGCCCUGGAUGCCUUCACGGGCGUGCAGAACCCCCCUGCCAAAAUCUGCUUUAACAUCGGCUGCAUCCACCUUGUGCUGGGGCGGCUGGYGGAGGCGGAGGAGGCGUUCACCCGGAGCAUCGGCUGUGACAAGCACCUGGCAGUGGCUUAUUUCCAGCGGGGAACCGUGUCCUAUCGGAGGCAGAACCAUGCAAAGGCCAUAGAGGAUUUCAAAGAAGCGCUGGCCCAGCUGCGAGGCAACCGACUCAUCGACUACAAGAUCCUGGGGCUGCGCUACCGGCUCUUUGCCUGUGAGAUUCUCUACAACAUUGCACUGGUGUUCGCCACCAUGGAGAACUGGGCCAAGGCUGAAGAGCACCUGACCCUGGCUAUGAGCAUGAAGAGUGAGCCCCAGCACAGCAAGAUCGAUAGGGCCAUGGAAGCCAUCCUGAAGCAGAAGCUCUGCGAGCUGGCGGCCAUYCCUGCAGGGAAGCUGUUCAGGCCGAAUGAGAAGCAAGUGGCUCAGCUGGAGAAGAAGGACUACCUGGGAAAGGCAAUGGUGGUGGCAUCUGUGGUGGACAAGGACAAUUUCUCAGGAUUUGCCCCACUGCAGCCACAGGCCUCUGGUCCUCCACCCAGGCCCAAGACCCCAGAAAUCCUCAGGGCCCUCCAGGGGCAGCCGCACCGYGUCAUGUAUGAGUUCAUCCCUGAGACCGCCGAGGAGCUGCGGGUCCUGCCUGGAAACAUCGUCUUUGUGCUGAAGAAGGAGAAGGACAACUGGGCCACCGUGAUGUUCAAUGGAAAGAGAGGGAUCGUCCCCUGCAACUUCCUGGAGCCCGUGGAACUCCACAACAAGCUGCACAUGCAGGAGGGACCCCCUGAGGAAGAUGAGAUCCCCGAGUCACCCAUGGGCACCGCGCCAGAGAAGCCACGGCGGCCAGCACCAGAUUACGUUCCUGCUGCUGCAACACAGCCGAGAGACGCAGCAAAGGAGGCUGAACCAACCCUCUCCAGUCCCCACGUCCUCAAGGUGCAUUACAAAUUCACAGUUGCCCUGAGAGUYGAUCCAGGCCUCUCCUCCAGGGAGCUGCUGCAGCUGGUUUGCAAGAAGCUGGAGCUGCAGCCCGAGCACACGGAGCUGAGGUACAAGCCUGCAGAGAGCCGUGAGCUGGUGACUCUGAGUGCAGAGAACCUGCAGGCAGCCUGGGGCCAGAGCAAGGACAACUGCCUGACAGUGUGGUGCGAUGGCACAGAGGGACCGGGAUUUGUAGCAGACAGCAAACCACAGGAGUCUCUGCAGGAGGAGGCCAUGGCACCAACCCACGUUGUAGCUCAGUACAGUUACGAAGCCACCCAACCUGAAGACCUGGAGUUUCAGGCAGGAGACGUGAUCCUUGUUUUAUCCAAAGUGAAUGAAGAUUGGUUUGAAGGCCAGUGCAAGGGAAAGAUUGGCAUCUUCCCAUCUGCAUUCGUUCAACAGCCCAACACUGAACACCCAGAGAAGUGAUUUCAGAAGAGCUCAAAGUUGUGGAGAGAAGAAUUCAACUGUUGCCAUUAYGUAGUUUGCGUAUUAAUCCCUGCACCUGAAAAUGAACUUUAAAUGUUACUGCUACGUGUAUUGAAAACUUUGUAUUUUGUUUUACCUUUCAUGUUGUUGUGUAAAACAGGAACUUGGUAAAUUGCUAACUCCUGUUAGGAAUACAUUCAUUCCUAAAUYCUGUGCUUGCCAAGAGAUUUGCCCUGUUCCCUCAUCCUUGGAAGAGCUUUUACACAGAAAUGUCAGGAGCUGGGAACACCCACAGGAGGGUGGUGUAACCUGCAUUUACAGCCCUGCCAGCAGAUACCAAAGGGGAAGUGAUGUUCAGGAAGCUAUAGACCAGGAAAGCAUUUGCCUCCUUAGAACACAACUGCUGACCCCAAGAGCUCAGGAGACACCCCACAGCCUUAGCCCUGCUCCAAACCACAAUUCAAAUUUACAGGGACUUAAAAACUCCCAGCAAUAAAAGCAGACAUUUUUUUUCACCAUCAGGAGCCGUGCUUCAAAGCUUUUCCUGAUCAGUCAGAAGAGAGAGUAACUUAGAAAGACACAGCCUGGAAUCCCAAAGCUUUGCUCCAAAGGUGCUAAGGGCAGGGGCUUCCCCACUCUGGAUUCUAUCACAAGUCCUGGACAAUCCCACUACCUCAUUAACCUAAAUAUUACAUUUAUUUUUAAAGGAAAUUAUUGUGGAAAAAAUAAAUACCUGUCAUUUCA